GUUAGUCAUUCAGAAGGUAGAACUCGUUAGAGCGACAAUUCCGAUUAGCCAAAAAAACAAAAACCGAUGGAUUUUGUCAAACAUUGCUAGUCAGGGACAGUUCGGAAAUAAAAAUACAUCAUACUUCUUUCUGUUAUAGUGAAUAUGAUGUUGAAGAGUGUAGUAAUAAUUUCAUUUUAUUUUAAAAUACAAAAUUAGUGCGAGUAAUAGUGUAAGAAACAUUGAGAGGAAAAGGUGUUUAAGCAAUUUGUACCGGUACAAUAACAAAUUUAAAUUCAAUAAUCAUUGCAAAUUAUAUAAAAAAAAGAUUCAAACACCUUUUUUCCCAACGACUUGAGUUUUUAAACAACGACUUUAUAACGAAUAUUAUUUGAAAAGCCCAGUGUGUAAACAAUUGUAUGUUGUCUGGGUGUCUGAAUGGUUGUGUGUUUGUGUAUGGAAAAAAAUAGUUAUGAGAACUUUUUUUUUAUUAUUUUCAAACGUGAUAGAAACGGCAAACAAAAAGCUUCAUUUGUUAAAAAUUUAGUAAAAGCAUUUUAACCAUCGUUAGAAUAACAACACAUUAGUUAAAUAAUCACAUAGAAUAAUAACCAAUAAGAAAAAAAUAUAUAAAAUAUACACAAAAAUUCAAAAGAAACAAAUUUAACGGAAGAAACGGAAAAUAAAAUUUAAAAAAAAUAUAAAAUACGAAAAAGUGAAAUAAAUUUUAAAAAUUAACAUACACAAAACACCAACAAUACAACAACAAAUUUUCAAAAUACUAAAGAAAUAAAUAAAAAAAUAUAUUUAAAUUGUGUAUAAAAAAAUUGUCAUCAAAAUUAUUUUAUAGAUGGUGGAUGAAUGGUGUUUGCAUGUGUGCAAAAAUAAUAAAAAAACAAAAAAAUAAAAAUCACAAAAAAUCACAUACAUGAUUGACGUAAAAGUAACGAAUUAUUUUUCAUUUUCUUAAUUUUUCUAAUAAAAUUUUAUGCGGGUGCUGUUGUGUGUCUGUAAAAACACACACAAUUUUGAAAAACGAAAACAAGAAAAAUAAAAUUAAGAAAAAAAACAAAGAAAAUUUAAAACACAACGGCUCCUUAUUAAAAAGAGAAAAACUGCCACAAAAUGGAGGAGGCUACCACUAGUAACGAAACCAAGGAAACAAAACCUGAAGUGUCAUUGCCCGGAUCUGAUGUUAGCUCUAUUGAACAACCCGCCAUUCUUCAAGUACUUAGUCCAUUAAAUGCCACAGAAGAAAAAAUAGAUAAAAUUAAAGAGAGUCCGGCAAAUCGAGUAAUACUAUUGAAGCAGCCAUCCUCAGAGGAGCCACAAUCGCACAACGAUGUCAAUGACAAUGAUAAUUCUAGCGACAUAAACCUAGUCAGUAGUUCUAAUAACACACAGUCACAGUCUCAGUCUCAUUUAGUUAUAAUAACCCCCACGCCUACGCCCACACCAUCGCCGACCAAAGACUGUAAAUUCGACCCUCAAACGGGUGAAAUUCUAUUUCCCGAAACUCACAUUAACCCCAGUCAGGAUAAUAUACUUGACAUCGAAUCUCAUCUAAUAGAAACCUAUAACGAACUGUUCCCCAAUGAAGAGAGUGUUGGUAUUAACGAGUUACCUCCCAUAGAAGAUGAACUGCAGGUUGGUUGUUCGAAGAUCGAAACAAAUGACAAUGUACGCACAGUAAUUGAAGUCCAACCGGCCGAAAUUGUAACUAAGAAGCCGAUAGAAAAAGUCAUCGAAACUAACGAACCUUUGCAGGUAGCUCAAAUUAUUGUUCCUACAGAUUUAUCCAAUGGAGAGUCUGGCAUAAGCGAAGAGGAAAUCGAAAAGGUGGCAGAAAAGUUAAUACAAGAUAUUGAAGAAGAAAUAACCAAUAAUUGGGACAAGAUUUCAUCGCAAGUUAACUUUGCGAAAUAUAAAAAAGAAGACGAAGCUGAAGCAGAAGCAGAAGAAACAACCAACACCGAUAACGUAAGUGAAGACGUUAAUGCGGCUCAAGUAGACGAAAAGAAAGAAAAAUCUGAAGAGCUUACGGAAGAUAAGUCCUCAUAUGAAGAAGUUAAAACUGUUAAAGAAAACAUUAUUUCUACCGAGAAUCUCGAAAACAAGUCACAGUCAACAACUGAAGAUUUGCCUAUUUCAAACGUAAAUUCUGUUGACGUUAAUGGAAGUACUACCGAUGAAAAAUUAUCGGAGGUAGUAGACAAACAACUAUCGGAAGUCAAUAGUAUUUUAGAUUCACAGACAAAAUUAGAAGAGUCUGCUGAGAGCUCGCAAGCAGUAAAUUCAGAAAAAUUGGAAUUGCCAGUUGACAAACAUCCUAGUCUGAAAGUUGUUACUGUACCCCUGUCUAAGACAGCUUCAGAGGAAGAGGAACGUAAAUUGUUUAUUGAAUCCUUACCGCCGCUCGAAGCGCAUGAAACUGUCGUGGGUGAUGCGGAGCAAUUAGCUUUGGAUUGCAAACGAGAAUAUUAUCAAUCGCUUAAGAAGUAUUUAGUACAAAGCAGCACGGAUAAGCCACCAGUGCCAUUACAAACAUAUCGCUGGGAAGAUCUUAGGCGAGCCAAAGAAAGAGGUGGUUAUCCUUGGACACAUCUCUAUAAACGUCCCCUUGGACCAGAUGAGCAGCCCGAAAUUGUGUUGAUGCUAAGAAAGUCACAAGAAAUUCGUUUCACUUCUGAAUCACCAAAAUCAAAUAAAAAAGUACGAAUUGACGAUCACGUCUCCAUACAAGAAACAGAACGUUACAUUCAAGAGUUAUCCGAAGAAGAAGACGAACCCAACUCGGAACAUUUGCCAAAUCAUCAAACGGAAGAUUUAGAAAAUCACAGUUUGCACAGUGAAAGCUUUUCAUUUGCUUCAGACUCUGUGCUGGCCACCGGAAAACAGCCAAAGAAAUCUGGUCGUUUUAGUAAAGUUCGAAGAUUGUUUAGACGUCGACGUUACGGAGCUAGACAACACGACGACGCCCAGUCACUGCCCGAUUCAUUUACGAAUACAAGUUUGCAACUCAGUCUAGAACAAGUGCCUCAAGGUUCAAACGGUAAAUUAGAACAACAGAAGCAAGUAGAAGAACUAAAAGGUGAAGUCAAAAAGGAAGACGAACCCAUUUACGUCCACUCGAAGAGUCCACGUUGUUUCCCCAUCAUGAAAAAACUCAAAAGUAUGGCUGAUCGCCAAAAGAAACGUCUUAAUAUUAAGCGUAUUCACUUAGGUAAAGAUGAGCAAAUUGUACUUAAUGAAGAACCCAAAAUAUUAAAACUUAAGAAUUCGCCAAAGUCGCAGAGAAGUGAUAUACCGCAUUUUAUUGAAAAACAAGAUUCCGAUGAUGUUUUAGAAAUUGUUCAAUUAGACGAGUCGCCCAGUCGCAAGCGUAGAGAUGACGACAGGUAUGACAAUGAAGGGAAUACAACAAGCAGCAUAGUAAAACCGGAGGAGAUUAUUGAAAUCAGUGACAUUAAGGCAGCACAAACAGAAAUAAACGAACAAGUCGAUGAAGAAGUAACCUACAAGAAGGCCGAGGAAGUGGAUGCUGCAGCUAUACCACCCAAAAAAGCACCACGUUUGCGUAGAGAACAUGUGUAUGAAGAAAUCGAUCAACCCGACGAAGCGGUCGCAGCAGCUGAGGAACUCAAAUUCAUUUUGGAUGCUACCUCUGUUGAUGCUAUAAAACAAUCAUUGGCCACCCAGGAUACAAGUGCCAUUAAAGAAGUUGCCCCUGCAAACAACAACAUACCGUUGGAUCGCAUGGGCAGCAGUGAAGAAGAACCUAUUACAUUGACCGAUCGUGCUACACCAGAACGUAAAUCUAAUACACUUUUAGCACCUAUAUCAUCCAUUGAUUCAGCUUCAUCGGAUGAGGAUCGAUCAAAGGUACAUUUACAGCCGGUAACCGAAGAAGAAACCGAUCAGGAGCUCGACGAUACCUCUGCCCAACAAGCUAAUUUAACUGUCAAUCAAGAAUCGGAUUUGAAAAAUGAACGUAAACCUUCACUUAAAAAGGAAGCUUCACCAGCACCUUCAGAAAAGAAGGUAACAUUUUCCCAUGUUGAAGAUGAAGCAGAACCGCAUCGUGAAGAUAUCGAAUUGACAGCCGAACAAUUGGAAGCCACAAAGGAGGCUACCAAAUGGAAAAAUACCAUCAACGAACAUGAAUACGAACCCAUUGGAACACCUUCGACAGAAGAGAAAUCUUCUGAUAUUAAGGAAGUAUCUCCAAAUGAAAUUCAAACGACAACUAGUGAAGUUGAUACCAUGAAACAGGCAGAGGAUAUGCAGAAGGAUCUGGAAGAUCGAUACUUUUCAUCAGCACAAACCCAGUCGCAGACAACACAGAAAACACCUCAAAUGGAAAUUGAUGUUGAGGCAAUGGAAACUGAAGAUGUUCCCAUAGACGAUGAUCAACUUCCAAAGGCGGAAAAGAAAGGUUUUAUGGCAACUGCCCAAGAUAAAACUAGACGAAUGCAAGCUGGUUUUAAAAACCAAGCUGGAAAACUCAAAACAAAACUAAAACCGGCACCAAAGAAAAUACCUUCAGGUAGUCCUAAAGCUAAGGAGCGUAAGAAGUUUAAGGCUCCUGAGUUUUCGAAACUAAAAAUGCCCGAGAUGAAACGUCCUGAUAUGUCGAAAUUUAGAGAUUUCAAACGUCCCGAAUUUACUAAAUUUAGUAAGCCCGAUAUGAGUAAAUUUAAAUUGCCCGAGAAAAUGACUAAUAUCAAGUUGAGAAGAAGUAAAUCUCUCAAGGAAUCAGAUGCUGCCCAUGUUGAUGAGGAAUUGGAAGCGGAAGUGACGGAAACUGGACAAAAAGGAACUGAAGCUCCAGCUACACAUAAGAAACUUUUUGAAUUCAACUUUGGUACAUAUCCAAGAGCAUUACGUAAAAAGAAAACGGUCGAAGUGGAAUCUUCAUUUGGCACCGGAACUGCUACAGAAGCUACGAGUGUUAUACCAAGUUCAGAAACACAACCCUCAUUAGAGUCUUCCAGCACUCCACAAGGAGAUCGUGGUCCCGGUCCAGUGCGUUCUCGUUGGGCUGACAAGUUCUCAGACGUUAGUUAUAAUGACAGUGAAGGUUCUCGUUAUCGACGUUAUGGUAGCGAACAGGAAAGUUUCGACCGCGAAUCUUCCUUAGAGCGACGCAUGAGAGAGGAUCUUGAAGACGCUGUCAGUGAAGAAAGAAAUUUAGGCAUAUUGGGAGGAGUUACAGACAACAAACAAUUUGCCGAAUUCGAUGAAGAGAAUCGUGCCAUACAUGAAAUAUCGAAUUUACGUUCGGGUGAAUUCAGACGUCGACCAAUUACCCACCAAGAUUCUGAUGUAAGAUCUGAAGAUAGCAAAGAAGCCGUUGGCUGGACCGAAAAAGAUAUACAGAAAAACACCUUGCUCCGCAAGGCAGAAAGGGAAGCAGAAGCCAGUUACCUAAAAUAUCAAUCUGAUGAUAUGGGUACACAGGAAACUCAAUCAACAGCUAGUUCCGGCAAAAAAGCUGUGCUAGAGGAAAUUGGUGAUGACGAAUUCUUUUUGCGUAAGCGUGGCAUUUCCCAAGACAACAUUGAAAUCAAUCAAUAUAUAAGAAAUGCCUUCAGAGAUGACUACGAUAAGCCCAUUAAUUCUUUGGAACAUGUGGGACAAACUAGUGCUUAUGGUGACUAUGAUGUACCACCACCAAAACCACGUAGACUUCACAAAACAUUUGCACCCGAUAAUGUAUCACAAGACUUUGAUGGCCAAAGAAGCGAUUAUGGCGAUGAUCUAUCAAUGUCGCACAAUGGCAGUGAUUACUUUGGAGCACCCAGACGCCCGAUGCGCAAGGGAAGAAGUCGUAGCAAAUAUUCCAUGGAAAGCCAAGAUGUCGAUAGCAGAAAAUACAUGGACGAAGAAUAUUUGCGUGAUCCAUCACCCAUGCUUAGGGAUGAACAUGGUGCCUGGAAUGAUUUGAAUAUGUCUGAAAAGGAGAAUAUACCACAACAGCAUGAUCAACCACUACCGCCCAGACGCCAGAAGAGACGUCGCGAUACAUCAAUGGACAAAGACUCCUAUAUUAAUGGUUUUGGAGGACGCUCGGUGUCGAAUAGCUUUUUGCAGCCAACGGAAGAUGUAAUUGUUUAUCGCACUGAACAUGAGUAUCAUCAUGUACCACUUGCCACACCGGAAAAAUACUCUGACAAUGGAUCAACACGUAAAUCUGUAUCGAAUUAUGAUUUAGACGAGCGUCAUUCUCGAGGUGCCAUUUCAUUCGAACAAAAUGAAGAUGUCCAGGAAACUGAAAAAUUCGUCAUUGAUAUGAUGGAAAAUGAUGGAUAUGCUGUCGUACGCAAGGAAGCAAUACCAAAACCAACACCACCAGCUAGACGAAAGAAAUUUGCACGUUCUCCUGGUGAACGUUUUGCCACAAUGCCAAAUAUGAGAACUAAGAGAAGCACACCACCACCAGAAAGACCACCACCUCCAAGAGGUUACACGCCAGUCUCCGAUGUGGUAAUGGUAUCAGGACGUAAAUCUGCCCUAAGUUUAGAUGCUCAACCAAAUUAUGAAGACGAUUAUGAAGAACCCGGUGUAAUUGAGCGUAACCUACAAUCAGGUGAAGUUAUAAACAAAAUGAAAUAUCGUCCUUUACCACCACCACCCAGACCGCCCAGAGAAAAACGUCAACGAUCGGCCAGUAAGGGAUCAGAGGCAUUACAAGACUAUCGUUCAUAUGAUAGUGGAGAUGUUGUUGAUGGCAAUUUCGACAAGACGGACGAGUCAGAUAUACAUGUGGAAGAAGUUGAGGCCUGCACUCAAACGGAUCCUCUGCCCGAUGAUUUCGUAUGUGAAGAAUUCGAAAUAACCGAUGAUAUGAAGGUAAUUGAGCCCCGAGUACGUUCAACCAAAACAGUUGAAGAACUGCUGCAAGAGGAACUGGAAAAGGAACUCAAUGUCAAUCAUCAAGUUAUAGAUAGUGAGCAGUUGGCCAAGGGUUUACAACGUUUCAGAGAUGCCAAUCAAAGAAGUCUUUCAGAGAGAUCUAGAGCCUCUUCGCAGGCUGAUAGAUCCAAAUCAUUAAGUAGACCUCAAACACCCUCCGCCAUACUAGUGGAACGUCAGUCCUCAACACCCAUACAAAAACAUAAUACCGAAGUAGUUGAAGCUUCUCUGGUAGUUAGACCCAUCGAUGAUUUGGAAUUAGAAGAAGAAGAAUUGCGCAGGGAAGGUCUUUUAACCGAUAGUUCUCAGCAUAGUGUGUCUGAUACCAAGGAAGAUUAUCGUAAUUUAGCAGUAAGUGAAGCUUCUUAUGCUCCCAGUUCUACUGAAUUAGAUGAAGCCUUGGGAGUUUUAACAUCGGAUCCAGAAACGCAACAAACCGACGAAGAAGUUGAGAGGACUUUGCAAAGAUAUAGAGAUGAAUUGGAUGCUAUAGGUCGUGAAUUGAUGGAAACUCAAACCACAUCUCAAGAACCCUCACCUUCUGUUUCUCGGGAGGAAAUUAAAGUUAGCGAUAGAGAAAUCGAGCCAAGUGAUAGAGAAGAAGAACCCCGUUCCGAUUUGGAUGAACUACUUUCGGAUGGUGAAUUUAGAGACGAAAGCAUUUUAAGUGAAAUUAAAGAAGAAGAAGAACUAACCAUAUCCGAAGUAGAAGUGCCCGAAGCCGAACCUCCACAACCACCACCACGUAGAAAAUCCACCACUGCCAUAGAACAAUCACCACCACAUCCAGCACUUGAAGAACCACCAGUAGAAGUUAAACAAAUUACUUCAACUGAGAGUUCUGUUAAAAAGCAAGAAGUAUUCCCCACCCAAGAAGAACCAACGCCCUUACCAAUUCCCUCCCCUAAAGCAGAGCAAUCUGUUGAGUCAUCUAAAGAUUUGGCACCGAUGCAAACCAUUGUUAAGGCUGAAUUACCAACAGAACAUCAAUUACCAGCUCGUUUAGGUGAUUUAGAAGUUGAACGUCUACGAGUACAUGCUUUACAAGCGGGUCAAAUAAUGGUUUCACAACUACAUGGUCAGCAAAUUAGUUCCGAUGAACUAGAGUGUAAAUCUGGCAACUUGGUGGUACAAAAUAUUGAAUUGCCUCCAGGCCUGAUUGAAAAUAUUGUCGAACAAGUGCGUCAGAAAGAGCGUUCACAACAUUUAACCACCGAAACACAAACUAGUCCUCAACACAGUAGUGAACACUUAAGCUCGAGUCCUGCUAGAGAUAUUGUUCCUCCCCCGAAACCACCACGUUUACGGGAUCAAAUACCACAACCUACAACAACCGUUCCCAAUGCCGAUGAACAAACACAAACAGAUCAAACGACUCCAUUGGAUACUGCAACAGUGACAGCUCUGCCUUCUACAGUCUUUCCCACAGCUGAAUAUUUACAAUCUCUGGCACCCUUGGCCUUCUACAAUCUACAUAGGGCAGCUGCCGCAGCAGCUGAAGACACCAACUUGGAUGUAAGACCGCCUCAACGUCAUCGCCGCCAUCACAGGCGGAGUGAAGAUGAAGAAAAAGUUCAUCACCGUCGACGCACCCGCAGCACACGCACACCUUCCUCCGAUGACAGCCAAAGUGUUACCAAAGCCGGAAGCAAAUUCAUUACAGCCUGCAGUCUCUCCCUAUGCAAAAUCAUCAACCAACUGACGGACUUCAUUCGUGGCAAAGAACCCAAAGAAGGAGUCGAAGUAGAACCCACCGAUAUUCGCAAUAGACAAGUGCCAGCUUUGGUUGUUCUCUUCAUAGUUAUAACAUUUUUUGUUUUAUUGUACUUAAUGACCGGUCGUAGUGUCCACACCCAUCAUUGGGAUUAUUUUAAUCCACCAGGGCAGGAGGGACGUUAGUCUUACGUUUAUCCAAUGUAAUUAAGACAAUGACACAAUUCUGGAUUUCCCAUAGUGGUAAACAAAAAAAAAAAAAAAUCCAACCAUUAUUUUGAUACAAUUAAUGUGGCCUUUUAACGGAGUGUGAAUAGAUCAUAGACUUGUACACUAAUUACUCUCUUCUUUUUUUACUACAACCUUAAACAGAAUACCGAAUCCAACAGAUAGAAUCGUCAUAAUCAGCAACAAUUUUAUAAACUAAUCUACCAAAAAACUCACUUUCAAUUGCAUAAAAACACCAAGAUUAACGACAUUUACGUAAAAAUAAAAACAAAAUAUUUUUUUACAAUCAACAGAUUUUUCUACCAGAAACAAACAAAAUAAAAAUAAUAAUGAUAAUUUUUUACGACAUGUAACAUUUACUUGCUACUUGUGGCAACGAGUUCAUAAUUUUUCUAAUAUUUUUAUGUUACAACACAUUAUUAUCUAUUAUCUAAUCUAAUAUUAUUAAUACAUAUUGUUAUUAUUAUUACUUUAAAUUAUUAUUAUAUUUUAUUAUUUUUUCACUUAUUUAAGGGUAAAUUUUUAUUAUUUUAUUUCUUUUCUCAUCAAUGUUGUCUUUUUUAUUUAUUUAUAAUUUUCAAAAUAUAAUUUUUUUUCUUCAAUUUCAAAACAAAGCUGUUGCCCUCAUUUAUUGUUAUUUGUUAAAGUUAAAGAAAAACAAAUAAAAAUUAUUAACCGUA